GCGCGCGGAGCGGAGCGGAAGUGCCGGAGUUGCCGCCCGCCGCUGCCGCCGCCGCGCGCGCGGGGGAAAGUUGGUCUCCCUCAGGGCGGCGGCGGGGGCGGCCGGGCCGGGCCGCGCUCCUUCCUUCCCUCUUCCCUCCCUUUUCCUUCCUUCCCUGCCUUCCUCCUCCGUCUCCUCCUCCUCCUCCCCGGCGGCGGCUCCGAUGCGGCGGAAGCAGAAGCGGCUGCUGCAGGCGGUGGGGCUGGCGCUGGUCGCCCUCGUCUUCUUGCCCAACGUGGGGCUCUGGUCCCUCUACCGCGAACGGCAGCUGGAGGGCGGCGGGGCGGCCGGCGGGGAGGGGGCUGCCGCCGCCGCCGCCGCUGCUGCCGCGGGGCCGCCGGGGGUAGCGGCUGGCGAAGCGCCGGCAUCAUAUGUGAGGCAAAAGAAAGACCCUUACUUUGGUGUCGGACAAAGGAAAAAGGACUGGCAUAACAAAGAAGCUAUAAGGAGAGACUCUGAGCGUGUAGGAAAUGGAGAACAGGGAAAACCUUACCCAAUGACUGAUGCAGAGCGAGUGGACCAGGCAUACAGAGAAAAUGGCUUUAAUAUCUUUGUGAGUGAUAAAAUUUCUCUGAAUCGUUCCCUUCCAGACAUCAGACAUCCAAACUGCAAGAAUAAGCUGUACCUGGAGAAGCUUCCGAACACUAGUGUGAUAAUACCGUUCCACAACGAAGGAUGGUCCUCUCUCCUCCGGACAGUGCACAGUGUCUUAAACCGCUCCCCUCCUGAGCUGAUAGCAGAGAUAGUGCUGGUGGAUGACUUCAGUGACAGAGAACACUUGAAGAAACGCCUGGAAGAUUAUAUGGCCCAGUUCCCAAAUGUAAGAAUCCUCCGAACCAAAAAGAGAGAAGGGCUGAUAAGAACUCGAAUGUUGGGGGCCUCUGUGGCGAUAGGGGACGUCAUCACCUUCUUGGAUUCCCAUUGCGAGGCCAAUGUAAACUGGCUGCCACCUCUGCUAGAUCGCAUUGCCCGAAACCGCAAGACUAUCGUUUGCCCUAUGAUUGAUGUUAUUGAUCAUGACCACUUUGGAUAUGAGACUCAGGCUGGAGACGCAAUGCGAGGUGCAUUUGACUGGGAGAUGUAUUACAAGAGGAUCCCUAUUCCUCCUGAGUUACAGAAACUUGAUCCCAGUGAUCCCUUUGAGUCUCCUGUAAUGGCUGGAGGACUGUUUGCAGUCGAUAGAAAGUGGUUCUGGGAGCUGGGAGGGUAUGAUGCAGGUCUGGAGAUAUGGGGAGGAGAGCAGUAUGAAAUAUCCUUUAAGGUAUGGAUGUGUGGGGGUCGCAUGGAGGACAUCCCUUGCUCUAGAGUUGGUCAUAUCUACAGAAAAUAUGUUCCGUACAAGGUUCCAACAGGAGUCAGCCUGGCAAGAAACUUGAAGCGGGUGGCUGAGGUGUGGAUGGACGAAUAUGCAGAGUACAUAUACCAGCGUAGACCAGAGUACCGGCAUCUUUCUGCAGGGGAUGUCGCAGCUCAGAAGGAACUUCGCAACAAUCUCAACUGCAAAAGCUUCAAGUGGUUCAUGAAUGAGGUCGCGUGGGACUUGCCAAAGUUUUACCCACCAGUGGAACCUCCAGCAGCUGCCUGGGGAGAGAUACGCAAUGUAGGAACUGGACUGUGUGUGGAUACUAAGCAUGGAGCCCUGGGAUCCCCACUGAGGCUGGAAAAUUGUGUGAAGGACAGAGGAGAGGCAGCGUGGAACAACGUGCAGGUAUUCACAUUCAGCUGGAGAGAAGACAUCCGUCCCGGGGAUCCUCAGCACACCAAGAAGUUUUGUUUUGAUGCCAUUUCCCACAUCAGCCCUGUGACCCUCUAUGACUGUCAUGGAAUGAAGGGGAACCAGCUCUGGAGAUACCGACAAGACAAGACCCUCUACCAUCCAGUAAGUGGCAGCUGUAUGGACUGCAGUGAGAGUGACCGAAAGAUCUUUAUGAAUAGCUGCAAUCCUUCAUCUCCAACACAGCAGUGGAUAUUUGAACACACAAACUCAACCGUCUUGGAAAAAUUUAACAGAAAUCUUGAUCUUUAAAAGACUGAGAAAAUAUAUAUAUAUAUAUAUAUUUUACAAUUAUAGUUUUUACUGGGGAGGGUUACAAAAAAUUUUUUUAAGAAUACUUUUUUUUAAACAGUUAAUGAAGGUAAAAGGGAGAAUCUCAGGAGAAGGUUAACUAGCAGGCCAAUCUUUAUUGCAAAGAUGCUGCAUCCUUCUCUUCUGUGGAUGGUGGAAUUUUAAAGGCUUUGCCAGAGCCACUUCUUUGCUGAGACUGAACGGAAACUCUGUUUUUAGAGGAGUCUGAAUGCGAUUCAAACUGCUUUUUUUUUUUUUGCUUUGUUUUGGUUUAUUUCCCAGCUGGGUCUGGUGUUAAAUGAUUUUGUUAUCCAGGACCCUCUAGGACUUUUUGUAGCGGCUAUACUACCCGCUGAAGCAUUCCCACAUAGGUGCUUUAUCUUCCAAAGUCCAUAUAAGUAAAAUCUUGAACACAAGAUUUAAUCCUGUGAUCAAAAAAAAAAAGAAAAAAGGCCAUCAAAAUGUAAAAUGAAAUGAUUUUUUUUUUUUGCCCUAAACUAAAAUAUAUUUCAAACAGGUUGAGUAUUAUUACUUUCCAAAUCAUAGCUCUGAUAAAGGAAUGAGCUCUAGUGGAGGUGCAGCCAAGCGUUAGGAAUAUCGCUGUAGUUAUUAGCGAUGAGGAAUCUGGAUUUCUGGUCCAUUCACUUUGCAGUCAGUUUGUCACUCACUGUUGAAUCUUCAAGGUGAAAGAUUAACAGAGGGUUUUUAAGUAAGCACAGUUCUUACAGGUGAAGAUUUUUGCUAAGAGCCUUUGGAUAUCAGGUUCCAAAUUUGCCCCUUAUUCAGAAUCUUUUUAGCACAGACACCUCUAGGGUUUCUCAGAGUUAAAUCUACUACAUGAAUGCAACUUCCAUUUUUCCUUUAGAGGUUUGAAGGCUAACUUAAUUCACAGUUGGUGUGAGCAGAUUAAUUCAGGAUAAUUAAGUCAGGGCUGAGAUUAGCCAUUGGUCUUUAUCCAUUUGUUCAUCAGUCUGUAGUUUGUUGCAGUCAUGAGUCUUGUGGUCAGUAGUGUUCUAGGCUUGUGGGAAUGUGCUGUUAAUCUCUCCUGUUUUCCCAACACGCACAGCACUGUAAAGUUUACUGUGACUGGAAAUCUGUUUGCUUAAGCAGAGAUGUGGGGUUGAUGGGCCCAUUUCACUGGUACCCUGUCCCUUGUGUAGUCAGUUAGCAGUGCGCAAGGUAUUACCCUUCUGGUUUGGCUGCAGGAUCUGCCAGACAGUGAACCAGAACUGUCUCAUCCCAGGAGCUGGAAAAAAGUACUGACACUGAAGGAUGAAUAGAGGACCAUUGGUUUCAAGUCUGUCUGAAGCAAGUGUUUAAAAAAAACCCACCCUGGUUUAAAAUGAAGUUGUUGCAAAAACAGAUUUACUAGUUCAGCCGACUUAGUCUUAUACUGAAGACAGCAGUGGCAUUUUCUAGUAAAAGCUGUGAAUGAUGGUGCAAUUAACUUUUUGCAAAGAUGCUGUGUAAAUCAAUAAAACUAGCCCUUUGCUAGUAAUUGCCCAGCUCCGCAGUUUGUCCAGCUGCCCAUGCAGGAAUGUUGCAAGAAUAGGUAGUGUGCAGCCAGCUCUGGGAGUGAAAGGCUGAAACACUCAGGGUAGGAGUGGGGCAACCCUCUGGGACUCUUGAUAAGUACGAUUAACGGACUUCCCCUCCUUGGAGGGGCAGGGAAGCUCUGCUCUGGGGUGUCUUUCUGUCAUGUGAAGGCAAGGAGAUUUUUGCCUAGUGUCAAGAAACAAGCAGGCUGGCUCCCUCUGCAGAGCUCCAGAAGUAAGAAACCUUUUCUGAUGUUGCCAAUUGCAGGAUCAUUGCCCAUGUUUCAGAUGUCUUUGAGGCCAUGUAGUGCUGUGUCCGUCAACUGGGAGCAAACUAGGACACAACUAUCUGUCUCUCAAGCUCUCAAGUCUGAAGUAUUGACUGUGAGGCUCAAAGUCAUUUCCACCUCUCUCGUCCUCACAGCUGAGGCCAUGUCUGACCUCUUCUGCCAACUUACCUGGUACGUGCAGUCACGAAGCAAGGGAAGCACGGGCACUGCAUUACAGCUGGGACCGAGCUUGCCGAAUGUGUUGGUGUCUAACAUUUUUGGAGUGAAGAAAGAAAAAAAGCUUUAGGCUUUCCUUGUGACAGUUUUGCAGCAGUGUUGCUACGGAAGUGAGCCCAGCAUCAGACAGAGUUGGCAUCUUAUGUUCUCAGUAACUACAAUAUGUCUGUCAUUAGGAUCCCUUUUCAUUUCUCUGGGAGACAGAACCACCUUCCAGUGCUUUGUGUCUGACUUGCUUCCCUUAAGUUAUUAAUGCUGUCAUUAGUCUAGUAGUGCUGACUGUGGAUCACUAGAUGGCCUGACUAGAUGUCUUUAUGAAUGUUUUAAUACCUGUGGAACAAGAAGCUGUUUGUCCAUGAACAGUGCUAGUUUUUUAAAAUUGGGACACAAUCAGCAAAUUAUAUAAAUGGAUGGUAGGUCAUUCUGCUUGCAGCUUGCAACUUUGUGUGUCUUAGUUUUCUAAUGAGAGGAUUAGCUUCUGUUUCUAAAAUGCAUGGCUUGCUUUGUACUUGGGCUCACCUUGUGAAGAGAGCCCUAGCUGCUUGGCUGCUGGAUGCUUGUUUCAGAGAGAACUGCAGUAAUGAACGGGUCUUUUACCACUUAGUGAUCUUAAUGUGGAGAGAAAGGACAGCUCUUAGCAGUUUGCACCAAAAGAUUAAGUAAUUGUUGAGGCAAUUCCUGUUUGACAACCGACCACCAGUACCUGGAAACUGGAGCUUUAGUGUGAGCAGUCCUACUGGGUCAUCUUCGUCAGGGUUGAUCUGAUCUGUUUUCUGAAGGUUUGGGAUCUGAGUGUGAUAAGUGCCUCACAAAUUCUGUACACUUCUGACUGGCUCGCUGGGCUUUGAGCUAUUAAUUUAUUUACAUCAAUUAUACUUUUCAAUACCCUAGAGGCUUUGCUGACUAAUGAGGAGACUUAAUAUAGCCAACCAUCCACUGAUUGAGAAAUAGAAGCUGUAUUUCGUCAUCUACAUCUUUAAUUGAGCCUUUGCUGGGCAAUCUGGUUAAUUAUUCCAAUUACUUUUGGUUAUUUGUAAGCAAAAUUGCUAAAGCAUGAAUACAUAAGCAAAUCUUCACAUCUGCAUGCAAGUUAAGACUGGAGAUUAAAUACCAGUGAUUAUCUAAUGCAAAAUAAAUGUUUUCAUAUUUUUUUCCCCAGAAGUAUUCAAACACCCCUCUCUCCAUGGCUGCAUAAAUUCUAAUGCUUUUAAGUAUCAGAAUCCCAGACAACAGGGGGAUCCCUGGAUGUGUGUUAUGUCACAUAAUAAUACUUUGAUUUGCUCUUGAAGCUGUUGUUGAUUUAUACUGGUGCUAAUCUCUAAGGCCUACAAACAGAGUGAUAGGUUUGGGGCUCUUAUGUGUGCAAGGUGUGUUUUUUCAUGCCUGGGAAAUUAACUUUCUUUUCCACACCAUAAUAGAAGAACAUGUGAGCCUUACUGAAAGGGGAAUACAGCAUCAUUAAAAUAAAGAUGUGCCUUUUUAAAUGUAAAUGUACAGCAAAUGCUUAAACUUGAACCAUUUCCCAGUGCCUUGCUGGACAAGAGAGAAGAGGGGAAGGGGUUGGGAGAUAAGGAUGCAAGAGAAAGCUUGACUCGUGCAGUGUUUGUGUGUGUUUUUUAAAAUGUCUGACUUUAAGUGCAAAAUCUGUGUGAACGACAGUAAUUCAGAAGUUCCUGGGUUUCCUCUGUUAAAUUGAUACCAUUAAUGACUCCGGGGGGUGGGGUGGGGGUGUCACUCCUAAUUGGAAGACUUGGAAAGGAUGGCAGCUUCCUCUUGGUACACUGUAACAACUAAAGCUAGACCAGAGGAUGUCUUGGUUAGCUGUUGGAUGUUUCACCUCAUGGUGAAGGCUCAGGCAUUUCACUGGCAUGCAAGGUCCUGCAUUUUAUUUUCUAAGUGUCCAAAUCAGAAAUCACAAAUGAUCCCAAAGGCAUAUAAAAUCUGUAGCAGAAGUGUCUUUCAGAAAGUCGAUGCCUUCCAUCACUGGGAAACUUUUAAAGGGUAUGUUCAAAUCUCUAAUACAGAAGUAGCAAGAAAGCAAUUUCUCAGCUUAACUUUCUUCCUGGUUUGUUUUACAGUACUCUAUGCACAGGGCUUUGCUUUCCUUUACUGGAGAGUUCCAUUCAGCAGACUUUCCUCCUCCCUGCUGCACUGAGACAUCAAUGUACUGAAAGUCAAACAGGCACCACCAGCAACCAGCAUUGCGAGAACACAGUGCUCGCGUAGCUACUGUAGGAUCAUUAUAGUAGCUAUGCUGGCUUACAUCACUGGGGGGAGAGGAGAGAGAUCUCCUAAAAGUCGUAUUGGGCAAUUGUGUAACUGCUGGGUAAAAAGCUUUCAUUUUAAAUUGUCUUUCAAGAUAUGGACAGACACUUGAAUGGUUUUGACUGGAGAGAACAGACAGCCUCUAGCAGUCAGCCCAUCAUGCUUUCAGUCAAAAGAGCCCUGGUAAAGUUAUGUCUGAAACAGUCUGGCUCUGCUAGCACAAGGGAUUCAAGUGUCCCUUGCAUCCCACAUCCACUCCCAGCUGCUGCGGUUCCUGUUCUUCCUCACCUACUGUAUUUCUAACCACUUGCAACAAAGGAGCCUGGUGGUGCCUAAGUCGGUCCUUAUCUGACAAGUGGCAAUCUAGGUUUCUAUUUUAACAAUCAUUUAGUAUGAAAAGCUUCUUAAACAGUUAGUUAGCAAACUGUUGCCAAAAUAGUGAGUAGCUUCAGGUUAAUGUCAGAGUCUGGGGGGGUAGGAUUAAAAGGUCUUUCACAGGAUACAGAGCAAAAGGGGAGCUGGACUGGGAGUCAGGAGCAGACUGGGUACUGCUCCCGGUCUACCAGUGGCCUAUUGAUCUUAAGCAAGGAAAGCCUGUGUGCUGCAGUUUCCCAACCUGUGUAAGAUUUAGCUUUAAGUGCUUUAUUUGCUGACCUAAUGAGUCCAUAUUUUAAAACCAGCUGCAAGUCCUCACCUGGCUCAGUGGAGAGGAGAGAUGCAAUGGAGAAUGGGAAAGCUGAGAUGUGAAAUUUCCAUCAGCAUUUAACACACAGUUGUCAAUUCAUUUCAUAUUCCUCAUUAACCAGUCAGAUUGAUUUAUUCACAUUAUAAAUUUAAAGUGGAACUGAAAUAAACUCGCUUCCUGCUCUGAUUGCUCCUCUGUAGUGUCACGUUUUAACUUGGAGAUCUGUGUAUGAAACUAGGCAAUGGUAGAUUAAGGAAAUCCUGAUAAAAAUCCCAUGUCUGCUUUUUGACUCUGCUAGCUGAGUAUGCUCCUUUAUUCAUUGCAUUUGAGCUUUCUUGAUGCUUCUGUAUGACCCAAAAGGCUUCAAUGAUUCCAGCAGAUGUGAGGGAUUUGGGAGUUUUAUAUAAAGCCACUGGAUCUAUGUGGUCUUAAAAGUACUAGUUCAACUCUAGGAAAAAAGUCCUAAUCCCAAUUAGUGAGCAAGCAAAUGUGAACUUCAACCACAAAACAAGAUAAAAACUGAUCAAGCUGAUAGGCUGAAACAUUAGCCCUUACAAUAACAAAUAGCUUUAGCCUCUAGGGUGGAGAAGGGAAUUGGUUUCAAAAUGCAUUCUCCAGGAUCUCAGUGAUAAGGUCUAAGUUUGUCUAUUCCUUGUACUGCAUGCAUUUUAUCUGUAAAACUGGAUGGUGCCUCUUGAAUCAGUGUAUAUUUAUUUUGUGCAUAUUAGGACCAACAGCCUAAUAUCUGGGGGUGGUAAAGGACUUGUAGCACUUUAAUGUAGUAGCUUUCAUAAAUUGGGAAUCAUUGAUAGAAUGCCUAGUGUUUUUAAAGUUGAAUGGACUUCCUUUUAUAAUAUAUUUAAAAUAAAUUUUUAAUGUGUUUUCUGAAAA